UGGUGGAUGUACACAUGUUUCCUCGUCUCUGCUUCUGUUCAGUCGUAAUAAAACGACGCCGGGGUCAUGACCUCCAGAUAUGUCGUCUGGUGCGAGGAGUCGUUCACAGAGUCGACAACAUCUGUCCCAGCAGCCAGAGGUUCCAUCCAGCUGCAGGCUGCCAACACAGCUGCUUCAGGAUCGACUCCUCUUCUUCUUCUGCUGCCACCUGAAACCGCUGGAGGAGAAACCAACACGUUUCCCCAUCAGCCUCCACAGACAGGUUUCACUAGGAGGAAACAUCUGGGGUCCUGCCCCCCCCAGGCGACCCCACCCUCCAGCUCUGCUCCACACAACAGGGACCAGGGUGAGGAUGAUGAGGGUGAGGAAGGCAGAGAGGAGAGCAUCAGACUCAGGGACGACUUGUCUCCUCCAGAGGUCGAGCGCCUCCUCCUCCUGAGGAGCAGUCCUGUGAUCUCCAGACGCCACCGGCCCGUCUCCUGGCACGGGGGAGGAGCCUCCGGGUGCAGCUCGUCUCCGGGCCUGGACCAGCGUGGACAACCCACAGGCGUGAGGACAGAGGAGGCGUGUCCUCACUCGUCUCCGCUCGUGGACAACAAGCAGCAGCGCGUCUCAUCUCCUCUGAACCAUUUCCUGUCCUCGCUCUUCCACCUCCCCCCCAGCGGACUGCAGGGAUUGGCUGGGGAGCACAGAGUGCGGCGCCCAGACAGCUGUGAAGCCCCUCCCACAGCAGGCCUCUCUACCAAACACAGAAGCAGUUUCCCUGAAUUCUCUGCAGACAUCUUUAAAAUGAGCUGUGAUCUGGAAAAGGAGAACGCCCACUUCGUGGUGGUGGACCUGGUGCUGGAGGCUCUGGAAGCUGUGAAGUGGACUCUGCGUGACGAGCGACGCACUUCCACAACAGACACGCACACACAGCACGACAACAGACAGAGACAGACGAGCACACACCGACGCACACGAGAAGACGACAACAGACAGAGACUGUCCAACAGACGCACAAACAAAGACGAGCUUCAACCGACCGGUGUCGUCUCCACUGAGGGAGGAACUGAAGACGCUGGAGGAGACGAGACCCUGAGCCUCCGAAGUGCGGAGUGGCUGGCCCAGCGGCUGGUGCUGGAGUUCAGGAGGAACUGGUUUCCGUCCCGUGAGCCUCGGGGGGGGCGGCUUAGCCUCCGCAGCUCACUUCAGGAGCUCCCGGGCACCGGCAGCGUGGCGGCGAGCGGCGGCAGCCUGACGGAGGAGAUCCUCCUGAGGAGCAGGAUGAGAGGAUCCCUGAGCUGGGCUCCUCCUCGGCUGCAGAUCAUCUUCACCCUCCGGCCGACGCUCAGGCGCAGCGAGGUCGUGGCCUCUCAGCACUUCCUGUGUGCCGGCUGCGGGACGGCGGUGGAGCCCAGAUACAUGAAGAAACUGAGGUACUGUGAAUACCUGGGCAGGUAUUUCUGUGACUGCUGUCACGGCGGCUCCGAGGCUGUGAUUCCUGCUCGAGUUCUGUCCUGCUGGGAUUUUAACAGAUUCCCUGUGAGUGAUUUCUCCAAACAGCUGCUGGACUCGGUUUGGUUUCUGCCUCUGUUCGAGCUGAGUUGUGUCUGUAAGCAGCUCAGCAGCCGAGUGAGGGAGCUGCUCCGCUUCAGGGAGCUGCUGGAUCAGCUGUUGUGCGUCAGGAAGCUGCUGAAAAGCUGCCGAUUAUCUGAAAGGGUGAUGACUGAAAUGGAGACGCUUCCCUCUCACCUCGUCCUCCAGCAGCCCCCCCUCCUCUCCAUGGACGACCUCCUGAGGCUGAAGAAAGGUCAGCUGGUGGCGCAGGUCAAAGCCGUGGUGCACGCCGCCAUCAGUCACGUGGAAGACUGCGAGCUCUGUCUGGCUCGAGGCUUCAUCUGUGAGUUCUGCAGAGAAGGAAACGUCCUGUUUCCGUUUCAGAGCGACGCCUGCAGCCGCUGUCCAGUUUGCAGGAGCUGUUUCCACAAACACUGUUUUGUGGAGAAGAAAUGUCCCAAAUGUUCUCGGAUCCGGUCGAGGAAGAAAGACGGAUCCACGAGGAGUGAGAGAUGAACGGCUGCAGCUCGGGGACGAAGCUUCUUCAUCCAACUCACUUCACCACGUCUUCAUGUAGAAACACUGUUCAGCUGGAGAUGACAUGUGAAUAAUAAUCUUUAUUAAUAAUAAUAAAUUUAGACUCAAACC